AUGGCGACGUAUGCUGUGCUCGGCGGCACAGGGAACUGCGGCGCUGCUCUUAUCCAAAACUUUCUCCAGACUCCCGACACCAGAAUCAACGUAUACUGCAGAAACCAGCCGAAACUUCAUGACCUGCUACCUGAAAUUGUCGACAACAAACGGGUGCAAGUUUUCCAAGGCAGCAUACACGAUGUGGACCUCAUGACGAGCUGUAUUCGAGGCACCAAGGCCGUCUUCAUGGUCGUGACGACCAACGACAACAUUCCGGGCUGUUCUCUCAGCCAGGACAGCGCCACAAGCGUGAUUCAAGCCCUGGAAAGAAUCAAGGCUGAUUCGCGCCCUGGUAUCGAGCUGCCAAAACUCGUCCUGUUGAGUUCUGCCACUAUUGACGAUCAUCUCGCCCGCAACAUGCCGGGUUGGUUCCGCCCCAUCAUGUUGACUGCGGCUUCGCAUGUGUAUCGAGAUCUGCGUCUCGCCGAGGCGUAUUUGCGGUCGCAUCAAGACUGGGUUACUACCAUUUUCAUCAAGCCGGGAGGACUAUCGCCAGAUGUCUCACGUGGCCAUCAGCUGAGCUUUGAUGAAGAGGAGAGUUUUAUCAGUUACUUGGAUCUCUCUGCAGCCAUGAUCGAGGCAGCAGAUGAUAAAGAAGGAAAAUACAAUGGCAAGAACGUGAGCGUGGUAAAUAAGACGCGUGGCGUAGGGGCAAAGUUUCCGAGGGGAACCCCCUUUUGUAUUUUGAUGGGCUUGUUUCGGCAUUUUUUCCCCUUUGCACACAACUAUUUGCCCAAGACUGGACCUGCGUAA